GGGUUGCCCGUAGGGUGCGGGGAUCGCUCCAUCCCCGCCCUCCUUCCUCGAGACUCCGCAGGAGUUUUCCUGCCGCUCCCCGCAGUUACCUGGAUGGGGCGGGGGAUCUGCAGGCUGUUCUCCCUGGUUGUUCUGUAGUGUUGUGACAUUUAAAAAAAAAAUCUGGUCAGAAGGCAAUGUUAAGUAUCUGUUAGUGGGCUGCCUGUCAACCGUAAGAGCAAGGCAUGUCCCAAAAAUGUAAUUAUCUCAAAAUUCAGCAUUACAAACCACGGACAUGCAGAGAAAAUGCUGCGCUUAGCGCAUGUCUGUCUCUAGAGACCAGAAAGGGCAGCUCCUGUACUUCAGCAGCCCCAGGAGGAGCAGGGCUUCAGGCUGUCCUCAUCAGGAAAUCUAUCUGGGAUCAAAAAGGUGAAAAUAGUGGAAUCCAGAAGUAGUAAGUGGAGAGGUUUUUUUGCUGGGCACAAAUUAAGGCUGUUCAUCUGCUGCAGCUUCAUUUUUUUCCUAAGCCUGUUUGGACUUUUAAAGUGUAUCCUCAGCACUGAGCAUCCUACACGCAAAGCAGGUGCCUUCACAACCUGAUCAUCAUGCUUUGUCUGGUUACUCUUAUGACCUCUCAGCCUUUGCUGAGUUGCCCUGUUCCCAGUCUGAUUUUUCUUUGUAAAUGUUUUCUUUUAGUCAAAUCCCGAUGGUACCAACGGUACUUCAAGCCAGGAAAGCUGCUGAGCUGAACGUAGCCCUGCACUCAGUCCUGAUACAUUUUUGGGCCCAGCACAGUGCUGCACCACUGCAUCCUAAUGCAGCGCCAUUCCCAUCGCUGUGGGGGUUUGUGGGGCUGCAGGGCUGGGCAGCAGCCGGGAGCUGCUGGAACACAUCGCUCUGUGAGGCCUCCGUGCUCCAGGAUCGCCGGCGUGGUUGGCGCAAGCAGCUCCAGGAGCUCAUGUCCCAGUAGCUGCGAGGCAAUGGGACAGGUAAUAUCACUGAGCCUCAUCCUACUUCCUGAGAGAAAAGGAUGCCUCCCAUCACUCUGACUGGCUCGUGUUCUGUUUCUGUGUUCUCUCUCUUUGGGGAGCUCUGGAAUUGGGCUCUGCACCAGCUGCCAUGCUCGCUGGAGACACUGGGGAGCCUUAGGGCAAAAAGGGGAGUGUGUUCAUGUUGCAGAUCUCUGGGCUUUUGUCCAAAGAGGUGAAGCAAAGAGGUUCGAAUGCCUGUCCUGCCUAUACCUGGCUCCCUCCUGCUGUGCUGUUUGCUCAGGCAGAACAGAGCUGGAUGGAAACAGCGGGAAAAAGCUUCAGCUAAAGCAAUUCCAGCGGCUGACCCUAGCCAAGAUAGGAGCAACCGAAGCACCGUGAGGAGCCGACAUCGGGAGCGCGUUCAGCACACGGAGGCGGUGCUGGGAGCGCAGGGAAGCUCUGAGGACACACGCAGUGACGGAUCCCGGCUCGCUCCGCUCCUCCCGUCACACAUCUCACCGAACGGCCGAGCUCGUAGCGCUGCCGGCAGAGCAGAGAUCCUCGAGGAGGUGUGCAGGAAGCAGGGCGGCAGUCCCGCCGAGUACGGCCUGAAGUUUCAGAGAAGUGUGUUGGAUCUCACUUUACAGUGGAGAUUUGCCAGACUGCCCAACAAUGCCAAGCUGGAGAUGGUGCCAGUCUCUUGUAAUAGAGCGGGAAUUGGAAACACGGUUCGGAUUGCACUGCAGUUAGAUGAUGGCUCCCGUUUGCAAGAUACCUUUCUCUGUCAGCAGACCUUGUGGGAACUUCUGAACCAUUUUGCAAAGACCAGGGAGUUUCUGGAACAGCAUGGUGAAUUCUGCCCGGUCUGUAUUUACAUGCGAGAUGAGAUCUCAGGAAAAGAUGCACUAGAGAAGACAACACUGAAGUCACUUGGUCUGACAGGAGGCAGUGCUAUUGUCAGGGUUGUCAUGAAGAAAUGCAGUUUGUCUGGUCAGGAGGAAGCAGCGGAUGCCACAGCACAGUGUGAUGAGCCAGUAGUAAGGCCCAGCUCUACUGAAGGAGCAGUGGAUGUGCCCCUACCUCAGACACAGACAUUCCCUGCGGUCUUGGAUCACAGGGAUGAGGCCUUGUCUAUAAACAACUGCACGGACGAGCAAGACUCUGUUAGAGAAUCUAAUGCCAGCUUGGAGGAGCCGUGUCCUCCCUCAGAGUCCAAGUCUACCCCAUUUGUCCCUUUUUUUGGAGGUGGGCAACGUCUGGGGGACUCUUCUGUGUCUGCACCACCUCUCGAGUUAGAUAUGCCAUCUUCAGAGCUGCCAACGACUUUCUCUAGCCCUGGAGGCCCUUCUAAGCCAAAGAAGUCUAAGAACAGCCAAGAACUGCAGAAGGAACAAGAGCAGCUUGUAGAACGAGAGCCACUUCUGUGUCACCCAGACCUGCUGGAUCCACUUCCUGCUGACCUGGAAGACCUUCCUGAUGACUUUUUUGAAGUCACGGUGGACGAUGUACGGAAACGUUUGGCACAGCUGCAGAGUGAGAGGAAACGCCUGGAAGAAGCUCCACUGCUGACCAAAUCUUUAAGGGAGGCUCAGCUGAAAGAAAAGCUAGAACGUUACCCAAAGGUGGUGUUGAGAGUCCAUUUCCCUGACCGCCAUAUCCUGCAGGGGUUCUUCCGACCUACUGAAACUGUUGGCAUUGUGAGAGAUUUUGUAAGAAGCCACCUUGCAGAUCCAGAUUUACCAUUUUACUUGUUUAUUGCACCUCCCAGAGUCAUCUUGAACGAUGAAAGUUUGAAGCUCUCUGAGGCUAAACUCUUUCCAGCUGCUGUCAUUCAUUUUGGAUCUGAGGAGCGCAGGGAUUGUUACCUGAAAUCGGACCUGCUGAGCUCUGCAGUUUCCCCUUCUGCAGCUGAUUUAUUGAUGGCCAGAUGUUUGUCCAAACCAUUAGCUCCUUCUGCCUCGUCAUCCUCAGAAUCAAUAGUUCCACCCCUACCUGAACCAGAAGUGGGCAGUGACAGAAAGACUGAACGACCAGAACCAGCAAGAGUGCAUGAAGCUCCACAGGUGCUGAGAAGGGCCCCUGGGAAAAUACCCAAGUGGCUGAAGCUACCAGGUGGGAAGAGAUGAAGCAUCCUGAGCUGCAGUGAGCAUCCAGUUGUGCCUCUUUCCUGAUGAACUACUUCAGAAUUUGUAAGAAAUUGUUGGUGGCCCUGGAGAAAUCUGAAUACAUAUGAACAUUAAUUACAUACAGAAAAUUGCUAUUACUUUCAGCUGCCAGCUUCACCUUUUGGAAGUGUGCAAGGCCUGUUUGUGACUACAGAAGCAAGAUUAGAGGUUAAAUUUAACAUUUCCUGCAUGCAAAUAAUAUGAAUAGAGAAUGGAAGGGAAAAUAAUUCCUAGAUUAUGUCUGUGAAGGACUGUGAUUUCAUCCAUAUUUUUAAAUCCAAAUCCUCCUAUCUUUUGCCUUUCUAUCCUCAAAGAUAACUUGAGUCUGGCUGCUUGAACUCUAGCAGCAAGGUACAAUUCAAUUUUACCUAUAGUUCAGUGCUGAGUAGAACAAGACCUCUCUGCUUUUUGCUGGUAAUUCUGGGUAUAGAUGGCUAGAAAGUGGGCUUAAGGGAAGCACAUCACUUACAACAGUUCCAAUUGCCUUUUCUUGUGAAACUCAUGGUCUACUGCACUUACACUGUUUUCAUUUGCCCCAGAACACAGGUAUCUGCUAAUGGAAUUUUCUCUGCACGUAAUUUAUGUCAGUAACUAUGGGUAUAAUGCAGGGAAAAAAAACUCCCAUAAGAAUCUCUUCAUGUCACCAUCAAUCUGCAAACGUCUUCUGUGGUCUGAGUUCCCACAGCAGAGUCAGCUGUCCUCUGCAUGCAGUUGGUGUGCAGAGGGAAGUGCUGGUCCUGAAUUUGCCUGCUGCAGAUGCCUGCAGUGGGAUGAGUGUUCAGAACUGUGCUUACACUGGAGAUCACAGUGCCACAGCAGCCAUGGUGCUUUCUUUUAUUUUUAUUUUUAUUUUUAUUUUGAAUCUUCUCCAUGGAUCAGUGAUUCGUAUUGGGCAAGCUGGGGUUCCAUGUUAUGGUAAUAGCAUAUUUUCCAUUUUCCCUGUACAGACAAUUGUUCUCCAAGCUAUGUCUGCAUCUGCACAAUUCUGAGAUGUAAUAAAGCACAGUGGCCAGAGGA